ACAACAACUUAAAGUGUUUAAGGUGGCUAUACAUUUACGUGAACGCAAACGUGUAACGUCACAAUGGAGAAAUGCUUUUUUGAAAUAAGGUGUGGAUUACUAAGGGUGGAUUUUCACGAUGUCGAAAAUGAGUUCACGGAGGUGAGACAAACAUAACAUUCCUCUGCCCUAGGAGAGAGAAAGACAAGACGAUUUUUCCAAAAGUCGCGUGAACGCUAUUUUGAUAUUUUUCUGUAAACUUUUUUUAACAAAAAAGUGACAGCGUUUUGCUUUGUGUUUUGAAACUAGGCCAUGAGAGUGAUUUAUAUCUCUAUCUUUCUCAUACUUAUAGUCUGGUUACCAAUCGCAAUGUUAUUCAAAUGGGUGACGUCACACGUUCGCGUUCAACGUUAUUCUGUUCUCACCUUAAAAUUUUUAGACUCAGAUCGAACUGUGAACUAACCUUCAAUUUAGCCCUACGUACAACCUAACCUAUUUUACCCAAUACAUUGUUAAUGUCAUCUGUUUGUUUACUUGCACGAUUUCACCAGUCAAAGACAAAAAUUAAAUACAGUUGAUAUAAAACACAGAUUAUUCUGAGUAAUUGUAUAAAUAUAAAAUAUUGUUCUGACAGUCAAUGCCAAUAUUGGAGAAAUAUAUAAAAGUAUUUUAUUAUUUGAAACUGCAGUUUUAAUCACAACUUGUUUUACGAUACUACGCAGUUCAUGAUUAUUGCACAUGAAAUUUUUAGGAAAUUAUUACCUAAAUAUUCGGAAAUUUUUUUAUAAUAAUUACCUAUUUCGAUUACAUUCGUGCAUUUAGUCAAAAGCAACCAUGCAAGAAAAUAUAGGCAAGAGUGGUGAAGUAAAGUGCCAAAUUUGCAAUGAAUUUUUUAUUAAUGAAAUGUGGUUACUGGAUCACGUUAAGAAAGUACAUAGUGAUUCAUUGUACACUUGCACAUACAGUGGUUGCAAUGCUGCAUAUAGCAAUGAAAAUUCUCUUAGAUCUCAUUGCUAUAGAAAACACAAAACUUUCUUUUCUUCUGGAAGGGGUGAAUUUAGUAGAAAUGUAAAUGAUACCAAUUCAGAAGAUGAUCCUGAUGAGCCUGACGAUUCAGAUACCACUUUCAGCUCAGAUCAACCCGAUGAUGAUUCUGGUGAUGAACCUGACUAUGAGCCUGACGAUGAUCCCGAAGAUGAUCCCGAAGAUGAUCCUGACGUUGAUAUGGAAGACAAUCAAAAUAAUGAUAAUAAUGCUUUUAAAAGAACAAUUGCAGAUUUUAUAUUAUACCUGAGAGGCCGUACUAGAGCUACCAAUGACGAUGUUCUUAAUAUAUUAAAUGAGUUGCAGACAGUAGUAGAAAUAUAUGUUCGGUAUUACUUAAAUCACACUGCACAAGUACUUGAAGAAGCCCUUCACAUAAAUCUCAAUAACUACAUAAACAUAGAGGAAAGUAUUGCAGGAAUUAACUGUAGUUGUAACUUGGACAGCGUAUAUAAGCAAGAUGUCUACUUCGAAAGAGAAUAUGGCGUGGUUAAUCCUUUAAUAAAAGAAUUAGGCAGUUCAUUUAUUCCUUCUGGAGCACCCGCGAAUGAUGGAAAUCAACCUAUGCGUCGAAAGGCGGACCAAUUGGUCCACAUUCCUAUAAGUAGUGUUCUACUUAGAAUGUUUGAAAACAUUGAUUUCCAUAGGUUGAUUCAAACUCCAGAGGCACGCACAGAUCAAGUUUUAGCUUCAUACGUAGACGGAACUUUCUUUCAAAAUCAUCCAUUCAGAAAUCAAAAACCGAAUUCAUAUUUCAUUAGACUGUACUACGAUGAAGCAGAUAUGUGCGAUUCUUUAGGUUCGAAGGGAGGAGGAACAAACAAAUUGGGAUUCUUUUAUUGGAUGCUGGAAGAUAUGUUGCCAAUUUAUAGAUCUCAAGUAAAAUUUAUUUUUCUUACCGGUAUAGCUUCUCAUUCGAAUAUUAAGAAAUAUGGAAUGGAUUCAAUAUUAAAAGUUUUUCUUGAAGAUUUUAAGAAACUUGAAGACGGAAUUAGGCUUCCCAGCGGUGAAAUCAUUUAUUUUACUCUGUCCAUUGUUUUCGGUGAUAAUCUGGCAGUUUGUGAACUUUGUGGAUUCAAAGAAUCGUUCGUUUCCACUCAUUGCUGUAGGUAUUGCAUGGCUGACUUGCAACAAAUCAGAUCGAUGAUUAGAGAAGAUGAAACAUUGCUUAGAACUCCGCAAGAACAUGAUCGUCAAACUCGAGAAAUUGAGGUCCAACUGGAUGAAGAAAGAAAGAAAGAACUUUCAAAAGCUUAUGGCAUAAAUAGACGAUGCGUUUUAAAUGAAUUAAUUGGCUCUCACGCAACACAAACGACAAAUGAUGUCGUUCACGACGACUUGUUGGGAUAUUGUAUUUUAACAACAAGACUUUUAUUAAAUAACAUUUGCCUCGAGAACGGAUACUUGACUUUGGAAACUCUUAAUUCUAGAAUACAGGAGUUUGAUUAUGGUUACUCUCAGAAGUCAUCUAAACCUUCAAUAAUUAAGAAGAAGCACUUAACAAAUAAGAGAGAAGGUUUCAGACAGAAUGCAUCACAGAUGUGGCAGUUGGUGACAAUGUUACCACUUAUCUUAUGUGACUAUGUACCAGAAGCUUGUCCACCAUAUCAAAAUUUCCUACUGAUGUUACAAAUUUUAUGCAUUUCGUUUGGUGACAAAAUAAGUGAACCUAUGGUGAAUUACUUAAAUGGAGUAACUGCCGAGUACUUAGAGAGCUUCCAAGACAUUUAUCAUAUAAAUUUAAUUCCAAAGCAACACUAUCUUCUACAUCGAGCUUCACGAAUUCUGAAAUUUGGACCCGUCAGUCAUUUUUCGACAAUCAGAGAGGAAGCGAAACAUCAAACUUUCAAAAGAGAAGCGCAAGGCAAACGAACCUACAAAAACUUACCCAUUACGUUAGCUAAAAAACACCAGCUUUCCCAAGCAUCAAUCUUGACCGAAACUCUUUUCAAUAAAGUUCAAACUGGACCCAAAAAGUUAAUCGACACCGACAGAGAUCCGUUCAAUAUAUUCUUUGACAAUGACACACGUGUGUACUCAACUUCGUGGACAAAAUUAAAUGGCGUCAAAUAUGUAGCUGGAAAAUGUUUAAUUGCAGUUGGCUACAAUGAAGACAACUUACCACAGUUCGCCGCUUUGGAUAAAAUUUGUUUAUUUGAUGAUGACACUGUACUUUUGUGUAAAAAAGUCGAAACAUUACAGCAUGAUAUGUCUGUAAUGGCUUAUGAAAUCAAAAUCGUUGAAGAGUUUGCGACAUUUUCCUUUAACGAUUUAAUAUCACAUGAUAUUUUUCACUCCCACCAAGUAAAAGAGAAAACAUUUGUAAUUGUAAAAAAAGCAUUGGGCGACUUACAUUAAUGGUUAAUUUUAUUUAUUAAAGAAUAUACAAAGUCUUUUAAAUGUAAUUGAAUAAUGCUCCAAAUUAUUUUCAUUAAGAAAAACAAAUGUUUGAACUAAAAUGUGAUUCAAAAAUAUGUAAAUAUUUCUCCUUUUUCUAAAAUUAUUAUUUAUAGUAAUUAUAUAUUUUUAUUGUCUAUAUAUACAAAAUGCGUCCUUGGAUCUUUUUUAGAAUUUUUAUUUGCGUUCACCUGAAAUAAAACAUCCAUUCCAUUUCGAUUAUUCGGAAAUUCUUCAAUUAAAUAUUGAAAAAUAUAAACUUCAAACAGUUUCAAAAAU